AUGAGCGCCUUCAUCCCAUUGCGAACCAGUCCUUUAUUCCGGUCACAAAAAAUCUUGCGGCAGGCAAGCCGGCGAGCACCGCGUCGUCCGCUUGCGAUGCAAACUGGCGGCGCAACAAGAAAACGGCCAGCUGCAGAAGCCGCUGCAGCACGUGAUGCGCUACUUCACGCUAAAGGAUAUCGCCCCGGCGAUAACGUGGUAAUCUUCGACGGGGUAUGUGCAAUGUGCAACUCGGGGGUCGAUUUCGUCAUGAAGAAUGACACAUCACGUCAAUUCAAAUUCGCAGCCUUGCAGAGUGAAACUGGAAAGGCGUUGUCAGAAAAAUUUGAUUGUCCCACGGACCUGUCGACUAUGGUAUAUGUUGAAGGUGACAAAGCGUACGUGAGGUCGGACGCUAUGCUGAAAAUUGGACGCCGGCUUGGAUGGUUCAUGGCUCUUCCUUCGGAACUUGCGUUGCUGCUUCUCCCGAAGCCGGUGAGGGACUAUGUAUACAGUGAUAUUAUUGCGAAGAAUCGGUACUCGGUGUUUGGAAAACGAGAUGAAUGUAGAUUUGUGGAGCCCGGUGAGGAGCACAGGUUUCUCGAUUAGUUGAAAUACCAUGACACGACCAUACCCUGUAAACUUAGUGCGACCUUGGACA